CAUAUGUUUUUGUUUGUUUCCGCCAAAACCGUCAUUUUCACCGGGCUCAACGAAAGUAACAUUUUCGCGGAAGAGUGCAAAACUGUGUACCGUGAAUAAAUUCCUUUACGUUUACGAAAAUUAAUCUUUAAAGAACUAGUUCAAAUAUCUAACAUAUGCUCUAGUUGAAAUCCUCUAUAUAAACAAAAUAGAAACAUCAUCUAUGGCGGCGUUGGAUUCAUUCCCAGAUCUUCCGCAAAACGGAGAGAUUUCCAUUUGCGAACGGGAUGGUCGGAUCUGCUCGCUUCCUAUCAAUGAAGUUGUUGCGAACAGUACCAGCACUCAAUUUCGCCCCGUUUCAGCAGCUUCUAUCAUAUCCGGAAAUAAAUAUUGGAAGAGAAUUGUUUCAUCACGCCGGCAUCCACCAACGGGAGGAUCGUCGUACUCUCAUGAUUCCCGUUAACGAGACCCUGAUAAAACGCCUUUCUCGGACUUUUUUCGAAGAAGGCUCAGUGGAAGCUCUAAAUGUAGCUGCCAACACUAGUGCCAAUCCAAUUCUAAGCUCCUUGGCGCGAUAUGCUUUAGUUUUGGUGGAUUUCGGAAACAGAGUCAAAUAUUUUCUCAAACCUCAUCUGAAGGAACAAGGCGUAGAUUCUGUCGGUAAAUAUACACAAACUCGAGAAUGGGCCAAGAGUUCCAUAAGGUGUAUCCGCUGGCAUCCAAACUGUUUCAAGAUAGCUAUCGCAGCUCUAGACGACAGCAUCAGGGUGUAUAGCGACGAUCCUUCAAUUGUGCCUAUCCUGAAGAGCGGACUUCAAAAAUCCAUCAGCUCGAUAGCCUGGCGGCCAUUUACUGCUGGAGAAUUAGCUGUUGGCUGCCAAAAUGGAACACUGGUUUGGAACGUGGAUCCCAAUAGCCUCAUCACCAGGCCACUAUCUCAGGCUACGCAGCUGAGACAUGGUAAUCAUUUUCCAGUAACGUCAGUGGAAUGGAGUCCUAAUGGAUGUUUAUUAGCAACGACAAGCAUUAAUGACUCUGACAUACUCAUUUGGGAUGUUGAUCAAAACAAACAGGCGCCUCUAAACCGCGUAGGACCACCCUGUGGGCUACUUAAAUGGUCUCCGACGGGGUCCCGGUUAUGUUCCACAACAGUAAGCUACGUAUUCCGUGUGUGGCAAACAAGCAAAUGGAGCUCGGACCGGUGGACGAUCAACUCUGGCACUGUUCAAUCGAUUGUUUGGUCGCAGACUGGGUCACACAUACUUUUCGUUACUUCGGAAGAAUGUUUUCUGUAUUGUUUGAGUUUUAUCGAAGAUGAGGUAUUCACGUCAUCAUUUGUACCGAAAUCAGCACUACCUAUCGCUGACCUGUCGAAGAUCACAAUAGGCCAAACAGAAGUUGGAGGUCACCCACAAGCCUUAGCAUGGUGUCCACAGAGCCAGUACCUAGCUGUUAUAUUCAAGGAUACUUCAGCGAUUGCAAUUUUUAACACCGUUGUGAAUCGUAGUCAGCUUAAUAUUACACCUUCGUGUUUUCUUACUGGCAUCGGCGUAGAGAGUGCGUCUUGCAUAACUUUCCAAGAAAAUUUAGGACGAAGAGCAAAUGAAAAAAUGAAAACUGUUCUUACCAUAGGUUGGUCUAGCGGAAGGGUUCAAUAUUUCCCAUUCGUUUAAUGCUUUCUUUCAAACCAAACAAAAUACUUCAUGCUGUAAUGAAUAAAUUAUUUCUUUUUAUUGCAUACAAAA